CCCUCACUCUCACUCAUCAAGUUCACACAAUUCACUCCUUUCCUCUCACAAAACAACAGCUGCUCUCUCUUUCUCUUAAGUUAGCAAUUCACCCUCCUUCUCUCCCGAGAUUCAGAUCAAAUAAAGCAGGUCCGAUGGCACUAGAAGCCUUAAACUCUCCAACUACUGCAACCCCAUCGUUUCAGUUUGAGGAGUCAAGCACCCACUGCGUGGUUGAGCCAUGGGCAAAGCGCAAGCGCUCUAAGCGUCCACGUCUUGACCACCAACCAACCGAAGAAGAGUAUCUCGCUCUCUGUCUUGUCAUGCUAGCUCGCGGUUCUACAAAUCUCCCAAUCCCCGCCUUAGACGGCCACCACAAAAAAUCCCUCGCCCCGCCAACUGCAUCCACGUCAUCGGAGCAAAAAAUAAGUUACAAGUGUUCCGUAUGCAACAAGGAGUUUCCUUCAUACCAAGCCCUAGGCGGGCACAAGGCAAGUCACAGAAAACUCGCUGGGGGCGGCGAAGACCAAACUACUUCCUGUACAACUACUUCUGCCACGACAACACCCGUGUCUAACGGAAGUGGCAGGGUUCAUGAGUGCUCAAUCUGCCACAGAACUUUUCCCACCGGACAAGCCCUGGGUGGUCACAAGAGGUGUCACUACGAAGGCAUCAUAGGAGGCGCCGAAAAGAGUGGUGUGACUUCAACUUCUGAAGGAGCUGGAUCUACAAACACUCGCACUCAUAGCCACAAUCACAGUCACCAUGACUUUGACCUUAAUGUUCCAGCCUUGCCAGAGUUCUCUUCAGAUUUCUUUGUAUCCGGUGAUGAUGAAGUUAUGAGCCCUCUACCGGCAGCAAAAAGGAUUCGUAUUUUGAUGGCACCCAGAAUUGAAGUUUCUCAAGCUCAGUAGAAAAAUCGAACUUCUGUUAGGUUGUACUGCUAGGAAUUUCCAUUUAGGGAUUUAAUUAUUUCAGUUGUUUUGAUUGAUUAAUUUUUUGUUUUUUGUGUGUAGCAGUUGAAUAUUUCAGUUGCUUCCAUGGAAUGAAUUCAUUUAAUUAUAAUUUUCUUAGCUAAA